CGUUGGAGCGCGGCCGGGGCUGAGGCGGCCCCGCCGGCCCUGGAGCCGCACGGACCCCAGAGGACCCCUCGGGAACCGCCGGGAACCCCGACUGCCAACCUUGGACAGGUCGUCAGUUAAAUGUUUGGAGAAGGAGCCGAGCCCAGGAAAGUGGGAGCUGCCCAGAGAGGCUCCUCAGUGUGAUUCAGGAUGAUUGAAGAGAGUGGGAAGAGGAGGAGGACCAUGGCAGAGAAGAGGCAGCUGUUCAUGGAAAUGAGGGCUCAGAACUUCGAUGUCAUCCGGCUCUCCACGUACCGAACCGCCUGCAAGCUGCGCUUCGUGCAGAAACGCUGCAACCUUCACCUCGUUGAUAUCUGGAAUAUGAUUGAAGCCUUCCGAGAUAAUGGCCUUAACACUUUGGAUCACAGCACAGAGCUCAACGUGUCCCGGCUGGAAACAAUCAUUUCAUCCAUCUACUACCAGCUAAACAAACGCCUCCCUUCUACUCACCAGAUCAGUGUAGAGCAAUCCAUCAGCCUCCUCCUCAACUUCAUGGUAGCAGCAUAUGACAGCGAGGGCCACGGGAAGCUGACUGUGUUCUCAGUGAAAGCCAUGCUGGCCACCAUGUGUGGUGGGAAAAUCCUGGACAAACUUAGAUAUAUUUUCUCUCAGAUAUCAGAUUCCAACGGACUAAUGAUAUUUACCAAGUUUGACCAGUUUCUGAGGGAGGUUCUGAAGCUCCCCACGGCCGUGUUUGAGGGGCCUUCCUUCGGGUACACGGAGCAUUCCGUGCGGACCUGCUUCCCUCAGCAGAAGAAGAUCAUGCUAAACAUGUUUUUGGACACGUUGAUGGCUGAUCCUCCCCCCCAGUGCCUUGUGUGGCUCCCUCUCAUGCACAGACUCGCCCACGUUGAAAAUGUCUUCCACCCCGUGGAGUGCUCGUACUGCCACUGUGAGAGCAUGAUGGGAUUCCGGUACCGGUGCCAGCAGUGCCACAACUACCAACUCUGCCAGAGCUGCUUCUGGAGAGGCCACGCCAGCGGCCCCCACAGCAACCAGCACCAGAUGAAGGAGCACUCCUCCUGGAAGUCCCCUGCGAAGAAGCUGAGCCACGCCAUCAGCAGGUCCCUGGGCUGCGUCCCCAGCAGGGAACCCCCCCGGCCCCUGUUCCCUGAGCAGCCAGAGAAGCCCCUGGACCUCGCCCACAUCGUCCCUGCCCGGCCCGUGAGUAACAUGAACGAGGCCAUGGUGACCCACGUGUCCUCCGGAGCACCCACACCCACCAAGAGGUCCCAGCCCAGCCCGGACCCCCCCAGCGCGGUGGCCGACGAGCACUCCCUGAUAGCCACCUACGUGAGCCGGCUGCAGCGCGGGCCACGUGUCCUGGACAGCCCGGGCCGGCUGGACGAGGAGCACCGGCUGAUCGCCAGGUACGCCGCGCGACUCGCCGCCGAGGCCGCCAGCGCCCCCCGCCCGCCCUCGGACCUGGGAUUCAGCUUCGAUGCCAACAAGCAGCAGCGGCAGCUGAUAGCGGAGCUGGAGAACAAGAACAGGGAGAUCCUCCAGGAGAUCCAGCGGCUCAGGCUGGAACACGAACAGGCCUCUCAGCCCACCCCCGAGAAGGCCCAGCAGAACCCGACCCUGCUGGCUGAGCUCAGGCUGUUACGGCAGAGGAAGGAUGAGCUGGAGCAGAGGAUGUCAGCACUUCAGGAGAGCAGAAGAGAACUGAUGGUGCAGCUGGAAGGGCUGAUGAAGCUGCUCAAAGAAGAAGAGCAAAAGCAGGCAGAACCCUUUAAUUUGCCUCCUUGCCACAUGCAAGUCCAUGCAUGAAAAACUAAUUAAUGACUUAAUAUUCCGGGCAUGGAUCCAUGUCCUUCAGCCAUGGCAGAGUCUCCUUGAAGGAGCCCCGGGGUGCUGGUUGUGAGCUGACAGAGGCAGGAAAGCCUUGGCUUUGUUGCCCGUUCCCAUUUUCUCCGAGCAGACCCGAGUCCUGUGUUAAUUUCGGGAUCCACUCCAGAGGGAGCCCUUCUGCUUUUCUCACGAUCAGCCAGAUGUUGGGUGUCCUCUCUGCAGCUCGGCACGUUUGCAGUGUCUCUGAACAUGGUUGCCUCUCUGCCCGGGCUGUGCUGACCAUCAGUCCUGGGGUUGGCACUGCUGGGGGGCUUCACUCGUUGUUUGCCACGUCCAUGAUCGGAUACUGGACACGUGCAUUGGAAAUUCUGGUGACUGAUUCUUUGUAGGGGAUUGUGUAUUUUGGGGUGACUUUAAAUGGUGAAAACACUUCAGUUCCACGUGUGCUGAAAGUGGCUUUUGGUGACUCCUGGGUGGCCUUUUAUCAGUGUUCUGUGCUCAGUCUGAGGUGUUGGUGAGUGGGCACCUUCUCUUGGAGCCCAGGGCGUUGUUGGGUGAUCAGAGAAUUAUGGA